UAUAAGUUUAUAUGUAGUUUGUAACCAGUUAACCUUAAUGGCAGUUUUUAUUAGAUACACUGAAAGUAUAUAAACGAAAAUAGGAAUAAUAUUUUUUUAAAUUUUAUCGUACAAUUUAUAAAUAUCGAGUUGCUGUGUAAGAUUAAGUAAACAUAAAUAAUGAAUUCACGUGUUCGUUCAAAAAAAUAUGUUCUGAAGGUCACUUGUGUUAUUUAUUUUUAUGAAUUACGAACCAUAGGUUUAUUAAUAUUUUUAUAAAUACGUAAAUUUAUUAUUACAUUAUAAUAUUAUGCAUAUUGUAUUAUUUAUAAUAAUCGUUACCCAACAACAAAACAGUAUAUUAAUUAUUUGAAACGUUCAAUACCUACCUACUUAAUAUCCAAUAUCAAAACUUAAGUAAUUUUAUUGACUAUAUAACAUAAUUCAUCACGUAAUGAAUAAGCGGCACUUAUAGAACAACAAAUAUUGAUGAAUUUCCGAAUAGAUAAAAAUCAUUUGAUAAACUAGGUUCAUCUCGCAAUUUGAACCUUUUAUGCGUCGGAUUUUGCUCCAAAUUGGAUCGACACAAGCAAUCGUUCAGUUCUGACAGACAUACAGUAAAAACAUAAUAUACAGUAUAGGUCAUGCGUCAUAGACACAUCGCUACCACGGACUUCGAUCAAUCGCCACUGUUGCUGAUUCUGCUUCAACUAACCUUCUGGCCGGUCAGCGCAGACAGGCGUUACGAUCACCACUUGCUCGGCACGAGUCCGGCGUGGAACAGUUCUUAUGACCCACGAGCCGUCAUCCACAGUCGGUUCCAAAUGACUCGAUCCGGGCGCGUGAUAGUCGUGUCCCCACGUUUCCGGCCCGGCGUCCCGUUUACGUUGGGCUCGUUCCGGACUGCCGGGCCUGACGACCGGGCCAUCGUUGAACCGGACGUGUUUCCGAUGCCUUCGGGGUACGACGCACACCGGCCUGAAACAACGGCAUCUAGCACUGACUCGAGCACGGUCCCGCUCGUCAACGUCGUCGACCUCAGCAUCGAUAACAUCAACGACGUGGUGUGGUUGUUGGACGUGGGCGUGGUGGACACGAUGACCGGUAGUCCGAGACGUGUCGCCCCGGCAAAGAUCGUCAGAUUGGAAAUCGACGAAGAUCAGGACCACGGAGGACCGCCAAAGUCGUCGUACAAGACGUUCGAAAUCAAGAAGGCGGAGAUCGACACCGCGAACGACGGCGAUACCGAGGUUUCGUCUUGCCUGCAAUACAUUACCACGUUCCGAUCGCGAACCGGAGACUGCAACCAUUACGCUUUCGUGUCAGACGCGGCACGGAGCACGGUUAUAGUGUUGAACACGGAUACUGGUGAUCAGUGGGCCAUGGAUUUCCCGCAAAAGUCAACGGGACCGGAAGCAACGCCACGUGACAUAUUGUUCAUGGUGCUGUUGCAAACGGCCAACGGUCAGACGUGGAUCUAUACCACGUACAUGUCCGGUUGCAAGGUGUUCGCCGUCGACCUCGAGUACAUCGAUCGGUGCACGUUAGACUCAGCCCAGCCUGCCAUCGUCGAGGUAGGACACAAACCAUACCAGAUCACCGUGCUCGGCACGGACACCGGUAGCCAGAUGUACUUCCGGCGGCCCUCCGAGAACGAGAUAUGGUCGUGGGACGCCAACUACGGCCCAUUUCAUCCGAUUGGCUUUCAUCUGGUAUCCAAGGGCCGGGACUGCCGAGCCCCAGUGCACGUGGCCCCCGGUUACGGUGGAUUUGUUUACGUGCUCAGGAACAACUUUGCCGACUACGUGCGCAAUAUCACCGGUUCGAUGGGCGCUUACAGCCUUAUACAGCCCGUGUUGACCCUGCCUUCGUCUCGUUUGGACUCCACAACUUGCACGAUGUCGUCCAAAGCCGACAGUUGUUCGUAUCAGCUAAUCUGA